GUAUAGUGCACGCCCGCAAGCUUGCCACGAGUGACCAUCCUUCACUCUCCCAAGAUAACGGCCCUCCCACUCAGCCGCAACAUUGCAGCAAGGUACGCUUUGGCUAGUGCAGAAGUCCGAGAUGGCAGACACGUUGGAGUGGCCGCAUUCCAAACAGCUGGGACAUUUCUCUUUCUCAUCAUUCAUCUGCUGGGUGCCUGCGUCGAUUUGUGAACAUGGCUUCAGUCGUCGAGAAAGAUCCUUCGCAGGCGGAUGUCAAGAACACGAAUGCUUCCCCAGCUGAUACUAUCUCGGUCAAAGAUGGUACAACCACCGACACAGGACUUGUCCUCACCCAUGAUGAGUACCACCUGGCUACCCUAGGCUACAAGCAAGAGUUCGUUCGAUGCUUGGGCUUGUUCGAGUCUAUCGCGGCGACGUUUACCUCGAUGAAUUUUAUUUCGGGCAUUCCAGUUCUCUUUGGCUGGGUGAUGUACACGGGAGGUCCAAAGGCUGCCUUUGCCAACUGGACGAUGGUCGGCGGCUUCUCAUGCAUCGUCAGCUUGGUUAUGGCUGAAUUGGGCGCCGCUCUACCUACCACUGGUGGCAUUUAUUUCUGGAGUUAUCGCCUGGGAGGAGAAAAGUACGGACCGUUCUUGAGCUGGAUGACUGCCUGGUGGAAUUGGGCAGGCUGGGUCACUGUGGUGCCUGGGGUGCAACAAGGCUCGACAAACUUCCUGGUCUCGGCUCUGAUGAUCAAAUAUCCGAAUGCAGAAGUCCUGUCCAAAGGCUGGUUCCUAUGGCUUCUUACCAGUAUCGGCAUGAUCUUCGCCAUGAUCCCAAACAUCUACAGUCCUAGGCUACUGCAAUGGUAUUUCCGAUUCGCCAUGGCCAUCUUCUUCUCCCUCUUCUUCAUGUACUGGAUCUGGUUCCCAAUCGAAGCUUCUAAAAAGCAUUUCAACAGCAGUCAUGGGGUGUUUGACCUAUUUUACAAUGGUAUCAACCUGGGAGCGGAGAAGGAAGCUUCCGACGCAUACUGCUGGGUAAUCUCAGUUCUCUUCGGCGCAUGGGUCUUCUACGGCUAUGAUGCUUCUGCUCAUUUGGCCGAAGAAACGAAACAAGCAUCCACUGUGGUCGCCAAGGGCAUCUGGAUGUCCACCUUUUCAGCAUGGAUCCUGUCAGUACCGACACUCAUUCUGGUCUUGUUCUGCAUGCAGGACUUUGAUGGCAUCAUAGGUGCUACCUACGCAAACAACUGGGCCGAGUAUCUGAUUCAAACCGUGGGAGAAAAUGGUGCAGUGGCCAUUCUUUCACUCCUCUGGGUUGACUCGACGUGUGCGACUGCAUCAUGCUUCAUGUCAGCACAGCGAGUCACUUAUGCGAUCUCCCGGGACCAUGUACUUCCCUUCAGCAGUUUCUUUAGAAAACUAUCGAAGCGAAAGAUGGCCGUCAAUGCUGCGCUGCUGGUGUGUGGGAUCUCGAUUGUGGUAACGACGGCCGUCAUCGGCUCAACCGUGGCUUUUUCUGCAAUUACUGCCACCGCCACCAUUUCCACCAACUUCUCUUACCUCUUCCCAAUCGUCGCCCGGCAGACUGUAGGUCGCAAGAGCUUUGUCCCUGCAAAGUGGAAUCUGGGCAAGUUUUCGGCACCCUUGGCCACGAUCGCCACCUUAUAUAUUUCGUUCCUCUUUGUGGUUCUGCUCUUGCCGCAGCUAUAUCCGGUCAAUUCCGAGACGUUGAACUAUGCACCGAUUUGUAUUGGGAUCAUUUCUAUCGUCAGCUUGGGCGGAUGGUUCUUCCCUCGAUGGGGUGGGAGGCAUUGGUUCGAAGGGCCGAUCAAGACCAUCACGGAGGCCGAGUUGAGCAAUGCGAGAGUCGAAGGAGGAGUGGCGACAGUGGAGGAAGGCGAUGCUCUAGAUAACAUGAGGUUUGGACACCGUAAGAGCGUUUCGGAAUGA